GCGGGGAUCGUCUUUGUGUUCGAGGAGCACGGGAGAAGGAGAGGAGCAUUGGAGGGUGUUUUGGUAGCGGGGGAGCCACUUGGCCUGGAGCGGAGUUGCAGCGUUUGUGUCCUCCUGGUGGACGAUACUUUCAAAGCCUUCAGGUUCCUUGAUGGUGACAUAACUGGACGCAAUAUUAGACGCAUUCCACUGUAUUCCUCCAUGAAUCAACAUCAGCAUCAACAGCAUAUAUUUAUCCGCAACAUCGGAUUUCACGAACAUUGGCUUCUUGAGCUAUGCGAGGAAUAACCUUUGCCAUCUCCUUCCCUCGUGUUCCUCUACUCGUCUCAUAACAGAUCUAUAUGUACUUUGGGUGUGUCCGAACAAUUGAAGUGGCCCUUUAUACUCACUCUCAAGUCGCUCAGCUCAAGGUCGCCCACAGCACCAUCACCAUGCCGAACAAGGUGCAGAAGGCUUUCCAGAAGAUCCAAAAGAGCAUCUCAAGUUCAAAUCUGCAAUAUCAGAGCAUCCACCCGAAUGACGCGAAAUCUCCUUCGAAAUCGGGAAGCUCAGGUAGGAAUUCGACUGGCGGCUCUGUUAGGAAUGGCUGCGCCUUUGGAAGGUCCGGCCGAUUAGCAGCCGGUGAUCUCAGCGACUCUGACGACGACAGCGACGAUUUUGCCCCAGAUGACGUGCCUGAGGGGUUUCUUGUUGUGUAUGUGGGCGAAGAGCGCCGUCGGUUCGUGAUAAAGGCGAAGUAUUUGAGUCACCCAGUCUUCAAGGCACUGCUCAACAAGUCGGCAGAGGAGUAUGGGUACGAACACAAGGGAGGGUUGGAGAUUGCAUGCGAGACGGUCUUUUUCGAACAUCUGCUGGAUCUCAUUGAGACCAACGAUCCUUCACUCUCCAACAUGGCGAUAGAUGAGCUUGUGGGCUUUGACGCCUACUCAUAGGUCGUACGUCCAUUGCUUCUGUUGAUACAAGGCAGCUUUCGGGGUUAGUGGCAAGCUUUGGAGUGAAAAUUGUAUCUCAAUCAUCAGGAGUAUGACAGAUUUGUCUCCUUGUUUAGCCUUGGUUAAACAUUUACUUUCCGGUUCUCGUUUUAGAGGUUAGACACCAUGCAUUUAAACUACCCGUACUUGGUUCGAAGUUUGGUACGCAAUAGUGAGUUCUCUAUUGCGAGCACAGAAGAACUGUCUAUUUUUAGAUUGCGCCUGUACUCAUUGGGUUCUUGGAGUAUGAAGAAUAUCCCGGCAUUGCGUUACA